AUGGCCUCUUUCAUCACGACCAUCCAGUCCAAGCUGGGCUAUACAUCCCAGAAAGCCCUCCUUCUCGGUGCCGGUUUUGUCACGAAACCUACGGUCGAGAUCCUCGCAAAUGCGGGCGUCGAGGUCACAGUCGCUUGUCGGACACUUGAAUCUGCGAAGAACUUGUCUGAAGGCAUCAAGAACACGCGACCCAUAUCCCUCGAUGUCAAUGAUGAGAAGGCCCUCGAUGCAGAGAUGGAAAAGGUGGAUCUGGCAAUUAGUCUGAUCCCCUACACCUACCACGCUACUGUCAUCAAGUCUGCCAUCAGAAAGAAGAAGAACGUUGUCACUACCAGCUAUGUCUCGCCUGCAAUGCUGGAGCUGGAAGAUCAAGUCAAAGAGGCUGGCAUCACAGUCAUGAACGAGAUUGGCCUGGAUCCUGGCAUUGACCACCUAUACGCCGUCAAGACCAUCGAAGAAGUCCACAAGGCCGGCGGCAAGAUCAAGUCCUUCCUCUCGUAUUGCGGCGGCCUACCGGCACCGGAAGCCAGUGACAACCCUUUGGGCUAUAAAUUCUCCUGGUCAAGUAGAGGCGUACUCUUGGCCUUGCGCAACAGCGCGAAAUUCUACCAGGAUGGCUCCGUGAAGGAAAUCCCCGGUCCCGAGCUGAUGGCCAGCGCGAAACCAUACUUCAUCUACCCUGGUUUCGCUUUCGUCGCAUACCCGAACAGAGAUUCUACACCCUACCGAGAAAAGUACAACAUCCCAGAGGCUGAGACUGUGAUUCGUGGCACACUACGAUACCAAGGAUUUCCCGAGUUCGUGAAGGUGCUAGUCGACAUUGGCUUCCUCUCCGAGGCAGAGCAAUCCUACCUCAAGCCUUCCCCAGACAAGAAGCCUCUGACCUGGGCUGAAGCCACACAGAAGAUCAUUGGCGCCACGAGCAGCAAGGAAUUCGACCUCGCUUGGGCUAUCAGCUCCAAGACCAGCUUCAAGGACAACCCAGAGAAAGACCGCAUCCUUUCAGGAAUUAGGUGGCUCGGCUUGUUCUCCGACACUCCCAUCAAACCGCGAGGCAACCCCCUGGACACCCUCUGUGCCACAUUGGAGGAGAAAAUGCAGUACGAAAAAGGCGAAAGAGAUAUGGUCAUGCUGCAGCACAAGUUCGAGAUUGAGAACAAAGACGGCAGCAAGGAGACGAGGACGAGUACACUGGUGGACUAUGGUGAUCCGAAUGGCUACAGCUCCAUGGCGAAGCUGGUCGGCGUGCCUUGUGGUUUGGCCUGUCUUAUGGUGUUGGAUGGCAGAAUUAAAGAGCGAGGCGUAUUGGCGCCGCUGAAGUGGGAUCUGGCGGAGCCCUUGCUGAACGAGCUAAGGGAGAAAUAUGGCAUCUUCCUGACCGAGAAGACGAUCGAGUAA